AGCUUUUCAGGUGCUGACGCUUGGGCCACUUGAGCAAUAUCACUCAGCUUGAAGUUAAUAAUACUAUACUUAACUACUUCAUUGCAUGUGACUUUUCAACAUGCAGUUCAAGACUCACAACAUUGACUUCAUCGUCGCAUGACGCCAACUGCGAUUCCAAAAAUGCUAAGUUACUUCUCACCUUUUGAAUCCCCCCCAUUAGCGGCGGGUACUACACUCCUCAUCGUAGCUGCCACUGUUCACUUAGCUCGGCGAAUUAUCAAGACCAGAUCUCCAAGGCGACAUAGAAGCAUUCGACCAAGCGAGGAACGUGUUCUGAUCAUCGGUGCAUCAAGUGGCCUUGGGCGUGCUAUCGCGAAGAAAUAUGCGACCCGAAGUGCUAGGAUAUGCAUUGUGGCUCGACGAGCUGAAGCACUAUCCGUCCUGGCUAAGGAGUGCGGUGAGCAGCAGUGCAUCUGGGAAGUGGCUGACUUCAGCAACGUUGAAGACAUGGUGCGCGUGAGGGAAAGACUACGGGAGGAGUGGGGUGGUUUGGAUACACUAUACGUGUGCGCUGGUGUCUCUGCAGUGCAGCCUGUGAUGAGCCUGGCUGGAAUUGGACCUGGGAAGGAUGAAGAUGCGAGCGCUUCUGGCAUUCAAAACGCCUUGGACAUUACUGCGCGUGCAACCCAGGGAAAUGUUUAUGGGCCUCUCGUGGCAGCAGUGGCCUUUAUCCCCAUGUUGACGCGCACCUCAGCUGUGCCAGCAGUCUUACUGGUAUCUUCGGUUGCGGCAGUGGUCCCGGCACCUACGCGUGCGCUGUACGCAGCUACUAAGGCUUCAUCUCUUCUCCUGUUCCAGUCACUCGCGAUCGAACAUCCCAAGGUUGCCUUCUCGUUCGUUCUACCAGCGACUAUCGAAGGUAACUUUCGCGCUUCGGCUGUGGAUGCGGGCCCAGAAGCUAGAGAGGCAGAACCGAACCAACAUGGGCUUAAAUUGGACUAUGUUGCAAAUAGGUGCCUGGAGGCGGUGGAUCGACAAGUGACUGGAAAUGUGGUGGUGCCUUGGUUCCCAUAUGCUUUAGCGCAUCACUUAUACUAUUUAUGGCCGUCAUUCAUCGAGAGAAAGGCACGGAAGAAGUACAAUUUUGGGCAGUACUAGUAAUAAUAGUAGUCAAACAAACGUGUGAAUACAUAACAGUCAUUCAAAGUUUCCACCAUGUCCCUGAAUGUAGUGUCAAAAAAAUCAUGAUGAAAAGAAAUCAGCU